AUGACUAUAAACACCCUUACCGCCGGUGCUGCUGUCACUCCCACGGUCGUCAAAACUUGCAUAUCUCAUUAUACAAACCGGAAACCCCGACGCCACAAGCCCACAGCACACAUCUCGUACGAUGAAGGCCUCCAUCUAAUGCGAUCGUUUCUACAUUAUGCCUCACACCAUACAGUUGAAGAUAUACAGUCUUUUACCGCGCAAUGGGUCCCCAGUCCGGCCUGGGUGAGGACCGAGGGCGUCACCAUCACGACCGACUAUGUCUCCAAGGCCGCAAAGACGAUCACGGACCAGCUGGGACCGACAGGGAUUGAACAAAUCGGCGGGACCCAGUGGUGGCAGUGGAGACCAAAAGGAGCUGAUCUGAAGGCAGAGUGGGUUGAGAUGCGCGCGCACUACAACGAACAGAAAAAACAAGGCACGAAAAGCAGGAGGAUCAUGCUCUAUAUCCACGGAGGAGCCUAUUUCUUCAGUAGCGUCGACGUCCACCGGUACCAGAUGCAGAGAUACGCUCGGAAACUCAAGGCCCGCGUAUUUGCUCCAAGAUACAGGCUGGCACCGCAAUUUCCCUUCCCUUGCGGGCUGCAGGAUUGUCUUGCUGCGUAUUUCUAUCUCCUCAGCAUACAUGAUCCUUCCGAGAUCAUCCUGGCAGGAGACUCGGCUGGUGGAGGCAUGACGGUUUCGAUACUCUGCAUUCUGCGCGAUCAAGGACUUCCCUUGCCUGCUGGUGCGGUCCUCAUCUCGCCAUGGGUGGACCUCACGCAUUCUUUCCCUAGCCUGAGUGGCAAUGCAGAGUUUGACUAUAUACCACCCUAUGGGUUCAUGCAGAAACCUUCAGCUUCAUGGCCGCCUCCCAACGACGAAGAGAUAGCGAUCAUCAGCGGAUUGGCGAAAGGCAAAGAUGUAUCUCUCAAAGAGGACAAGGAAGACGAUCCUCCAGUGUCGGUACCUAUCAAUGACGACGGCGAGAUCGUGCCCAGUCAUCAACUCCCACUAUCUGUUGAACUUGACGGACAGCGAAUCGUCCUAAAGGACCAGAUUCAGAUGUAUACAACCAACCAGCUGUUGGCCCACCCUCUGGUGUCACCCGUCUUACAACCAUCUCUGGGAGGCCUUCCUCCAAUCCUGAUUCUUACCGGCGGCGGAGAAAUUCUGCGCGAUGAACAGAUCUAUCUCGCUCACAAGAUGGCAAAUCCCUCUAAAUUUUCACUAGGUUCCAAUUUCAAGUCAAGAUAUGACCCAGAUGGUACCAUUAUCAAAAAAUACAAAGCCACACCGGUGCAAUUACAAGUGUGGGAAGAUCUGUGUCAUGUUGCUCCAACUCUGUCGUUUACUCGCCCAGCAAAAUUGAUGUAUCGCUCAGUUGCACAAUUUGGCGCCUGGGUGCUGGCCAGGGCUCAGAAGCGAGCAAUCGAGAUCAUGGAGGAUGACAACAUCUCGACCAUCUCUUCACGGUCAGCCAGUCAUUCCCCACCAGACACCGACGCCGAAUCAUCAAACAACGGCGUGGCAAAGACGAAUGUAGACCCGAACAAGGCAACAGGGAGUAUUGGUCGAGCUGGAGAUCCUAUCCCCCCUUUCGAGAACAACAUGAUUCGUCAACGCGUUGACCGGCACGGGAGGAUCUACCCCCUCGCCGAAGCACAAGAAUUGGCGGCGUUGCAAAUGCAUCCAGACCAGGUUGGGGUCAUCAAACCUGGUCCCGUGAGAACAUGGCUUGGGGCUAAAAAGAUCUGGGACACGAAAUAUGCCAGAGCAAGGAGCAGAGUGCAGAAACAAAGAGUCAAAGCUCUCUCCAGAGGAAAAGUCAAGGGCUUCGAGGUCGGCGAGCAUCCUCCGCUGUGCGCUCUUGCCGGUCGGCGGACCGAUAAGGAUCUUUUGGUUAAAAAGAAGAGCAAGAGCUAUGGACUCGCAAUGUGGAGUAUGUGGGGAAGCAAACAUGAUGAGUCCGCGCUGAAGAGGGAAAAGGAAGCAGUUGAGAUGGAGAGAGAGGAGAGGGAGGAGAGGGAGGAGAGGGAGGAGAAGGUUCGGCUGAGUCGAGAACGAGAGCAAGGCGCGGCGCCCACUGCUGUCGAAGGCAAGCAUCCUACGAUACGUCCGCGACGAAGCCUUAGUAGGAAGCGAAGCAUAAGCGCGAAACGCAGGGCAAGCGAAUCGAAAACUCGAGGCAGGACACGCACCAUCUCGGUCACGGAUAGAGGCCAAGCUGAAGGUCGUAAUGUACCGCCAGUUAUGGCUCCCUCUGAUGCCACAAGAUCCACAGAGUCACCCGAGACGGCAAUGAACCAACAAUCACGUCAAGACGUGCACAUAGCAUCACCUGACUCGUCCCUUCUCUCAGCAGGCUUCAUCCCGAAGUUCAAAACGGCAGCGCAUCUUCGUGAUGACAAUGGCGGACAAGUGCCUGUGCUGUCCGAUGCCGCCAGCACGAUGACGGGGCGUAGCGGGGUGGUCGCCGACGAUGCGAGCACUCGUGCAGUGUUCGCCGUGCCAGGUGUUACGAAGAGCAUCGACUCACAGGCGGUGGAAAUGGCAAAGGCAUCAAGUCCAGCCACAAACACAAGACCGGGAAGCCCCACGGCAAAUGAGACGGCGAGUUUUGUGUCUGGAAGUGAAGGUUUCAACGAGGGCGUGGCAAGUAUCAAUCUGGGCGCUGAACCGGCGGGGAGAGCUCUCACAGGCGCGUAUGGAACUGAUACGCCUCGGAGCCAGCGCAGUCUCGAGCGGCUGCGGAGCCACCAACGCGACGAGGGGAUGGGUCGACUGGCUCCCCUUAGAAGUCCAAGUUCCACUGCCAUAGUCAAGGCAGAGGGGGUGGUUGGCGUGGUCGAUAAUGAAGAGCAUGCACGAAAAGAAGAAGACAAAGCCGAGGCCGAAGGUGAUGAAGAGAAGGCCAGAUAUUAG